AAGCCGAGGAGGAGGGAGAGUCGGAGGAGCGGCGGCGGGAUGGGUGACUCUAAAGUGAAGGUGGCGGUGCGGGUCCGUCCCAUGAACAGGAGAGAGUUUGAUCUGCAUACAAAAUGUGUGGUGGAUGUGGACACAAACAAGGUUAUUCUUCACCCUGUAAACACCAAUCUUGCAAAGGGAGAUGCCAGGAGCCAGCCAAAGGUGUUUGCUUACGAUCACUGUUUCUGGUCUUUGGAUGAAUCUGUAAAAGAAAAAUAUGCAGGUCAAGAUGUUGUUUUCAAGUGCCUUGGAGAGAAUAUUCUUCAGAAUGCCUUUGAGGGCUACAAUGCAUGUAUCUUUGCCUAUGGACAGACUGGGUCUGGAAAAUCUUACACAAUGAUGGGUACAGCCGACCAGCCUGGAUUAAUCCCGAGACUCUGCAGUGGUCUCUUUGAAAGAGCACAGAAAGAGGAAAACGAAGAACAGAGUUUCAAAGUGGAAGUGUCCUACAUGGAGAUUUACAAUGAGAAAGUUAGAGAUCUCCUUGACCCCAAAGGAAGCCGUCAGUCAUUAAAAGUUAGAGAGCACAACGUCUUUGGUCCUUAUGUAGAUGGACUAUCUAAACUGGCUGUCGCCAGCUACAAGGACAUAGAGUCUUUGAUGUCAGAAGGUAACAAAUCUCGAACAGUGGCUGCAACCAACAUGAAUGAAGAGAGCAGUCGGUCACAUGCAGUCUUCAAGAUCAUCCUCACACACACACUGUAUGAUGUACAAUCAGGGACAUCGGGUGAGAAAGUGGGCAAACUGAGUCUGGUGGACUUAGCGGGCAGCGAAAGGGCAACUAAGACUGGUGCCGCAGGUGACAGGCUGAAGGAAGGAAGCAACAUUAACAAGUCCCUUACAACUCUUGGGCUGGUUAUUUCUGCUCUAGCGGAUCAGGCUGCUGGCAAGAACAAGAACAAAUUUGUUCCAUAUCGUGAUUCUGUGCUCACUUGGUUACUUAAAGACAGCCUUGGUGGUAACAGCAAGACUGCUAUGGUGGCAACAGUCAGCCCAGCAGCAGAUAACUACGAUGAGACCCUUUCCACAUUGAGGUACGCAGACCGGGCGAAGAACAUAGUUAAUCAUGCCGUGGUGAAUGAAGACCCCAAUGCCCGCAUCAUCCGAGAACUCCGAGAGGAGGUGGAGAAGCUCCGAGAACAGCUCACCAAAGCAGAGGCUAUGAAAUCACCAGAACUGAAGGAUCGGUUGGAGGAAUCUGAGAAAUUGAUCCAGGAAAUGACUGUCACCUGGGAAGAGAAAUUAAGAAAAACAGAGGAGAUAGCACAGGAGCGGCAGAAACAACUGGAAAGUCUUGGCAUAUCUCUUCAGUCUUCUGGAAUCAAAGUUGGGGAUAACAAGUGCUUCCUCGUUAAUUUGAAUGCAGAUCCUGCUCUCAAUGAACUUCUGGUCUACUACUUAAAGGAGCACACAUUAAUAGGGUCAGAUGACUCCCAAGAUAUCCAGUUAUGUGGAAUGGGAAUUCUUCCUGAACAUUGUAUUAUAGAAAUAACCUCAGAAGGACAGGUUAUGCUAACACCUCAGAAAAAUACUAGAACAUUUGUAAAUGGUUCUGCUGUUGUGGGUCCUACCCUGCUACACCAUGGAGACAGAAUACUGUGGGGAAACAACCACUUCUUCAGAUUGAAUUUGCCGAAAAAGAAAAAGAAAUUAGAGCAUGAGGAUGAAGAGCAAGAAAACUCUAUGGGGUACAGCAACAGUAUCGAGCAGCUAGAUAUAGAUGGAGACAAUUCCAGUGAAGUGUCCAGUGAAAUGAACUUCAGCUAUGAAUAUGCCCAAAUGGAAGUUAUCAUGAAGGCACUCAGUGGCAAUGACCCGAUGCAGUCAAUCUUGCAGAGCGUGGAACAGCAGUACGAAGAGGAGAAGCAAUCCGCACUGGAGCGGCAGAGAUUAAUGUAUGAGCACGAACUAGAGCAGUUGCGAAGGCGGCUCUCUCCAGAGAAACAACACUUCCGCAGCAUGGACAAGUUCUCUCACUCGCCCAGCGCUCAGCAGCGCUUACGCCAGUGGGCAGAAGAGAGAGAAGAAAUGUUGAACCACAGCCUGAGGAAGCUGAGAGAGCAAAUUGUUAAAGCUAAUUUAUAUGUGAGAGAAGCCAGUUUCAUCUCAGAGGAAUUGGACAAGAGCACGGAGUAUAAGGUCACUCUGCAGAUCCCAGCUUCAAGCCUUAAUGCUAACAGAAAGCGAGGUGCAGUUCUCAGUGAGCCUGCUAUUCAGGUGAGAAGGAAAGCGAAAGGCAAACAGAUCUGGUCACUGGAGAAAUUGGAAAACCGGCUGAUAGAUAUGAGAGAACUUUAUCAAGAGUGGCUGGGGUGUGAGAAGGAUGACCCAUUAACCAGGUCUUACUUCAAGCGAGCUGAUCCAUUCUAUGAUGAACAAGAAAACCAUAGUCUCAUCGGAGUGGCCAAUGUUUUUCUUGAGUCCCUGUCUUAUGAUGUGAAGCUGCAAUAUGCUGUCCCUAUCAUCAAUCAGAAGGGAGAGGUGUCAGGUCGUCUUCAUGUUGAAGUGGUACGAGUGAGUGGAGCGAUUGGGGAGAGAAUCGUAGGAGGUGAUGAUAGCACAGACUGUUCAAGAGAGAACGACAUACAGGAGAACAAACUAGUUUGCAUGAUUAAAAUACUUCAGGCUACCGGUUUGCCUCAGCAUCUUUCCAACUUUGUGUUCUGCAAAUACACUUUCUGGGAUCAACUGGAGCCAGUUACGGUUGCCCCUGAGGUGGACCCCUCUUUAUCCCCCAUCAGCAAGGAGCCACAGUGCAUGGUUGUCUUCGAUCACUGCAAUGAGUUUUCUGUAAAUAUUUCUGAAGACUUCAUGGAGUAUCUUUACGAAGGGGCUUUGGCAAUUGAAGUGUACGGGCACAAGCAAAGUGAUCCUCGCAAAAACUCAGCCGUGUGGGAUUUGGGAAUAAUUCAAGCCAAAACCCGAAGCCUUCGUGACAGAUGGAGUGAGGUAACCCGAAAAGUGGAGCUCUGGAUUCAGAUUCUGGAACUUAAUGAGAAUGGGGAAUACUGUCCAGUUGAGGUGAUUCCCGCCAAGGACGUAAACACUGGUGGCAUCUUUCAGCUCAGACAGGGGCAGUCACGGCGAAUCCAGGCUGAAGUGAAGUCGGUGCAGGAAUCUGGGACCUUGCCUCUAAUGGAAGAAGCCCUACUAUCUGUUGGAGUUGGCUGUGUUCAAAUAAGGCAUGUCAAGUCACAAAAAGUUCAUGAGACUCAUCAGGAAGGAGAGGAUGAUAUGGACAGUUAUCAGGACAGGGAUUUGGAGAGACUGCGUCGGAAAUGGCUGAACGUAUUGACAAAACGUCAGGAAUACCUAGAUCAACAGCUGCAAAAACUCGACAGCAAACCUGAUAAAACAGAAGAUGAUACAGAUCGGGAGGCACAACUGUUAGAGAUGAGGCUCACCCUUACUGAAGAGAGGAAUGCUGUAAUGGUUCCUUCUGCUGGCAGUGGGAUCCCUGGAGCUCCAGCAGAGUGGACUCCAGUGCCUGGUAUGGAAACCCAUAUUCCAGUUGUUUUCCUUGACUUAAAUGCGGAUGACUUUAGCUCUCAAGAUAACCUUGAUGACCCAGAACCUGGUGGAUGGGAUGCUACUCUCACUGGGGAAGAGGAAGAGGAAUUCUUUGAAUUGCAGAUUGUGAAACACCAUGAGAGUGAGGUGAAAGUAGAAGCCUCCUGGGAUUCCACAGUCCAUAACUGCCUUCAGCUCAGUAAAGGAACAGCAACAGAUGAAAGAGUUUUCCUUAUUGUGAGGGUGACAGUCCAGUUGAGCCAUCCUGCAGAAAUGCAGCUAGUGCUACGCAAACGUAUCUGCGUUAAUGUCUACGGGAGACAGGGUUUUGCACAGAGCUUCCUGAGAAGAAUGUCUCACCGAAGUUCCAUUCCUGGCUGUGGAGUCACCUUUGAGAUAGUCUCUAAUAUUCCAGAGGAUGCUCAGGGAGCUGAGGAGCGGGAAGCGCUAGCAAGGAUGGCCGCUAAUGUUGAAAACGCAGCUUCGGCUGACUCAGAAGCCUAUAUUGAAAAGUAUCUGCGGAGUGUGCUGGCAGUGGAGAACAUUCUCACCCUGGAUCGUCUUCGCCAGGAGGUUGCGGUGAAAGAGCAGUUAACGGGGAAAGGAAAACUUAACAGGAGGAGUCUGAGCUCUCCCAAUGUCAAUCGGAUAUCUGGAAGCCGUCAAGAUUUAGGUCCCCCGUACAACCUUGGCAGUCAAAAGGGUCGAUGGGAGAGCCAGCAAGAUGUAUCCCAAAUUUCAACACAUUCUGGUAGUGGGAUGACCCCGUCUGAUACAUCUUUGUCAGGCUCUGCUCAGCAGAACCAUUCUAAUGAUCCAGGACUCAGUAGCCUGGCUGCCUCCUACCUGAAUCCAGUAAAAUCCUUCGUGCCUCAGAUGCCAAAGCUGCUUAAGUCUCUCUUUCCUGCUAGAGAUGAGAAAAAGGGCAGGCAGACCUCUCCUCUUGCCCAGCAGCCUGUCCCACGAAUUAUGGUUCAGUCUGCCAGCAUUGAUGCCAGUGCUACAAAGUUAAAACAGAUUAACCAAGAAGGGGGGAAAGAACCAUUUGAAAUGGCCAGGCAAGCUACAGAGGCAGAAAAGAACCAAGAAAAGAUGCCCAAAGUGCCUUCACAGCAGCACACCGCAGACAUUCAGGCACAGGACUCCCAAGAGGGCCCUCCAAGUCCCCUGAGUGAAGCCUCAAGUGGUUACUUUUCUCACAGUGUUUCAACAGCGACUCUGUCUGAAGCGCUCACUGCAUGGAAUGAAGCAAUUGUUCAGACAGGUGGCCAAACGUCUGCAGUGAGCAACAUCUCCCCACCCACCCCAGCUGUUCAGGUAACUUCUGCUACUGACAUUUCAAUGCAGACAGAGUGCACUUCAGAGGGCUACCCUGCUGUUAAAAGAGAUAAUCAAGCUGCUUCUGACCUCAGCACUGCCCAUGAGAGACCUAAGGACAGCAGCAACGUGAAUGGUAAUGAGCAUCUAAAGUCCAAGUCCUUUGUCUCCCCUGUGACUCAGAGUGAAGAACGAGAUGUUGCCUCUGUAGCCAUUGAUGCGAAAAGCUACGUUUCUACCUCCAUCCCAAAGAAGGAGCUGCUGACCAAACCGCUAAUGGCUUCAACAACUGGAGAGUCAGUGGGACAAGCUGCCAGGAAAAAGGACCACACAAAGCCCGCCUCUACUUCAGAAUCGAGAGCUUCCAAACCACAGCUUCAGCCUGACCUCUUGUCCCAGCCGAGCGCUACAGCCUCUCCAUUCAAAAUCCAAAAAGUCAGGACAUCUGAGCUCAAAUCUUUUACAUGCAUGCUGGGGGGAGAGUCUGGGUGCUCUUCAAGCCCAGAGGAAGAGGAGAGAGAAAAGAACCGGGUGACUGCACAAGGGUUGAGCCAUAAUGGUGCGGAGACAGCUGAUGAAAAACUGGAAGCGGCUUCUGAUUCUGAAGAUGCCAAUGAAAUCCCAGAAUGGCUAAAAGAGGGAGAGUAUGUCACUGUUGGCACAAAUAAGACAGGCACAAUUAGAUAUGUUGGCCCAACUGACUUUCAAGAGGGAACAUGGGUUGGUGUGGAACUCGAUUUGCCUUCAGGUAAGAAUGAUGGCUCCAUUGGAGGAAGGCAGUACUUCAAAUGCAACCCAGGCUAUGGGCUCCUUGUGAAACCAAACAGAGUGGGAAAAGCCACCGGAGCAGCAAGGCGGCGGAGUGCUGGGCUUAAGUUGCAAGGGGGAGCUACUCCCGAGAACCGGAAGAGCAACAAUUUCUCAGGGUCAGCCUCCAGCCUGACAUCACUGACAGCCCUAGCCAAAAUGGAAGGAUCUGCUCUCCAACCCGAGAAGAUCCAGAAGAACGCAGAGAACAGGAAAUCUUGGGCUAACUGAACGAGGCUUACAGGCCCCACAAGCUGGUUCGAAAAUAGCUUGUGAAGCUGUCACCGAAGUGGAUGUGCUUGCAACGUUAAACCAACCUGGUAAACUUAGCUCUGGCAAACACUAAAGAAGGAGUUUUUCUCUACUUUUGAUGCUGAUAUGUUAUAUCUUUGCCUUGUCAUGGUGAUGGAUCUGUGUGUUUAGGCUCCUGACACAAAUUGGGACACUUCAUUGUGUGGCUUAUUUCAAAUAGUGAAGGUUGUGGGAGGGGGUUUAAUGGUGCUGCUUUUAAGUCAUUCACAGAAUGAACUGCCAGAUCAGUGAUUCAAAGUAUUGUAUGAGUUUCCAGCAGCUGCGAAAAAUUAACUGGAGCGAUUUCCCAACCCACAACAUCUAUACUUCCUUAAACAUGGUUGGCAGUUCUGUAAACAUCAAAAUACAGCAUGCAAGGCUCCAUCCUUUUGGAAAAGCUGUGUCUGUAUCAGGCAAUAAUGAGAAAUGGAUACAGUUGUAAAGAAGAAAGAAGUUAUAUUGCGAAGGAAACAGAACAAAAAUAAUCAACUUGGUUACAUGACCUGGAACCAGUGCCUAUCUUGAAUAAUGUUCGUGUCUUUCUACUCUUAUUGAAAUCAAUGGGAUUCUACCCUAUCAGUGGCUUUUGAUCCCUGUUUUUUAAAGGCAUAUUCAAAUUUAGUUAACCCACUAAAUAGAUUGUAGUUAUUAUUUUAACAGGACAUAGAAUCUGUUCACCUUCCUUUCUUCCCUGGACACAGGGGAAUAUUGCUCUCGUUGUUUCUUUAGUUUGUCUUCAGGAUUUUUGCAAAGAUAUCAGCGUUCUCUAAAGUGCUACAGUAUUUAUAACAGCUUUUUCCAGUUCUGUCUGUACUGCCUGUUGGUGACGUACUCACAAAGAAAGAUGUGGGCACCAUGCACAACCUUCACUGGCAUUUGCAUUUUACCAGAUUUCGUAAAGUGAAGGCUUGUUGUUCCCCUACUGAAUGAUCCAGUUGUAUUUAUUUUUAUUUAUUGUUUUAAAAAAUAUGAAAUAUUUGCGCUUCACAAUCGCCCACUGCCUGCCAUUGCACAUAGGCGCUCUAUUUAGCGUCAUACUGAAUAGCCUCCCUUUUGGAAAGGCUCCUGCCUAGCCAGCAAAACCCUCUUGAGAUUGCUCCUAAAAUCACUUUAUUGGAACGGUUGCACAUUCUUCCUCAAAACUAACAUUUUUCUGGAGGGUGGGAGAACUGGGCUGGCUUUUGUUGUUUUUAAACUUGAUUUUAUCUUUGGUGACCUUCACUAGUUUUUAAUUUCCUGUGGCAUAUAUAGAUAUUUUCUAACAAAUUACGUAAAGAAAAAAGUAAGACUUAAUUGUACAGUAUAUACAGAGCUUCUUAUACUUUGUUUAGUAAAUAGUGAGGGACUAGAAAUUUUGAGCAAUAGAUGUUUAUAAUCUAUGUGAGGAACAUUCAGGAUGCUAAAUUAAUGGUUAAAACUUAAUAUGUAUCCAGCCUCUCUCAUGCUGCACAGAUGUGUCUAAGUGCCUUAGCCAUCUGGUUCAGGUAUCCAAGGGAAACCUACAUUGUCAUCAAAGUAAACUUUAAAGGAGGUAGGGAUGCUUAGUGCAGGAGAUAAUUAUGCUGAUUGACUGUAAUUAAUAUCAAUUUAUGCAGAAGGAAUAAAAAUUAAAAUAGAAACUAAUCAGUAGUUGGAAUAAAAUUUGGAAUGGGUCAGAAUACAGCAUUCUAAAUGCUUCCAAGCAUUAGUACAUUCCUAUCAGCAUUGUAUAGUUCUGCUCUUUUCUAAGUUUUUGUAAAGGAAUUUAAAUGUACAGGCAGAUUUUUAAGAUUUUCAUAAAUGUACAACUUUUUUUCUUCCCCUGCACAAAGCUGCAACACGGGUUGUCAGAGAGGGGUUUGCCACCCACUAGACUAGUGUUGGAAAGCUUUUUCUAUUUCUCUCCUUUCAAGCCUGAAAACAUGGGGAAAUUAGCAACAAAGACUGGAGAAGCUAAAUCCUGAAUUUAAUUUUAGGAAUAACUGUUUUUCAUAAACACGUGACCUGCAACAAUAACAUAAUUUAUUUUAUUAAUCAGUUUUAUAAUACUCUGCAAUGAGAGAGUACACUCUAACCAAUGUAACUUCUCAUAAUACUGCCUGGCAUUAUAAAACUCUCUAAAAUCAUUUUUUCCAAAUGAGCUUCACUUUUAUUCUUCCAAUAUGGGUACAGAUGGCUGGCUACUGUGAAGCAUCUUCUUGAUUUAGCUUUUAUUAAUCUCAUCAUUUCAUUUAUUGAAUUUGGGAAAAUCCUGACUUGUCCUUUUUAUUGGUCCCUUAUUUGGAGCAUACAGUGUUGUGAAUGGUAGAGCCAUGUUUUCUAUUAACCCUCUAUUAAUUCCCUUUUCUCUUGCCCCAUCAUAUAUUACCAACACAGUCUGUCUCUGUGAAGAUUUUAUAUGUUAAAUGAUUGAUCUUCAUAGAUUUGAUCCAGUGCUUUCACUAGUAUUUGGGGACCAAGCAAAGGGAAGCUGGGUGAAUAUUUCAUUAUUUAUUUUACCUAGUAUGCAUUCCUUUUUGGCCACGUUCACAUUGUGAUUCUGAUUGUGUAAACACUUUAGCUUGUGAGUGACAUUACUGAAGUGUUUGAAGGAUCAAGAUCUAGGGUAGAAACUCUGCCACCCACUAGAGCUUUGGCCUGGUAACCCUAACCUGUAUGAACAGGAUAUUUUUCCUAAUCGUGUUACAAAACUAUGCUACAAAACAUCAGUAGGGUUAUACAAUAGCAGAAAUUGUGCUAGUACAGUGUGCUUUAAACAUAGCUGUUGCUAGCAUAUAUUCAGCCUACUUUGGACAAGGCCUUACACCAGUUUUAGGAAUGCCCAGAGAGCUCUCCUCAGCAGUUCAUCUUGAAUAAGGAAGCUGUGUUUUAGUGACAGAACUCUCAGACUUCAGUAGAUGGUUAGGAUGGUCUGGCUCCAUUGAAGUCAAUAGUCUAACAUCCAUUGACUUCAGUGGACCCAGGAUUUCACCCAUUGAUUUUUUUGUAUAUAGAUAGAUAUAGAUCUAUCUUCACCACACUGAUGUUUGAAUUGUUCAAUUCCACUCCAGUCCCUACCCCCCAAAAAUUUAAUCCAGCUGAACUUUUUCCUACCCAGAUCAUUUUCAUCUUACAACUGCUGGUUAGAAGCUCUUUUAAAAAAAAAAAAUCAAGGAGAGGAUCUUACCAGAAGCUCUCAAACUCCAUUAUCCUCCUCCUGUUGACAUUCCUCAAGCAGACUUUGUCCUAAUGUUAGUUCCUAAAUCUCAUUAUAGUUUUUUACUCAAAGGAGUUUGAGGUCAGUGCUCUGUCCACCCUCACGUUGGCCAAGCAUACCCUAAAAAAAUCAUGAAAACAAUAAAAAAAACCUUAUUAAAUUGUGCUGGAACAAUUCGUAGUUGAGGCUGGUUGCAUUAAAUAACUUUAUGCACAUUUUUCGCAAGACUUUCAUGCACUUUACACAGGAAAAAAGGUAUGGCUCCUGCAUUAAACAUCUGUAGCAAAUAUUUGAUGUAAUGUCUCUGCUACAUUUUUAAGUUUUCUUUUUAAGUUCAAUAGGUCUGUUUUGAAUGAUUAUGGGUUUCUAGAAAUCAUAAAGCAUAUUUAAGAUUUCAGAGAGAAUAGAAAAUGUAAUGGUCUAAAUGUGUGGUAACCACUAGAUAAAUCUUUUUAUUUGCACAUGGUACAAUGUUUUAUGCGGUUGAAAUGUGUUGUUUUUGUCCCAGUUCAGCCAUAAGAAUCCUUGUGUUUUUUAAAACAAAGCCAAGACUUUCUACUGUGUUAUUUAGAAGAUAUCAGAGCUCAGCUGUCCCAUGGUGUCUUGACCUUUUCCUUGUUGAAAUAUCACCUUCGGCUUCUUGAGCGCCUUGAUUCACACUAAUUGUAAUACAUGUUCUGUUAGUGGGAAAGUGAAUGAAGAUAAGUUUGUGUUCAGUAGUGUAGCCACAGAGUCCUUAAGAGCAGGUAGAAUUUGUCAGUGACUCAGAACUAGGUUGAAUCCCAUUCUGUACCUGCUGCUCAUCAGGAAACAAAUGCACUCAGUUGCUGACUUUAAAAUGUUCAUCAUCUUUUUCUUUUGUGUUCUGUAUGAAUCAAGAAUCCAGCUUGGGUUAUUACAUAUCAGACAGGCAAAUUUAUAUGAAAUUAAAACUUUCUGUGUGAUGGGUUCAUUGGGGGCUGGGAAAAGCUUCCAUGGGAUCUUGUGUUGCCAUUACACUGGUACUGUUAGUUCUUUGCACAAAAUAUAUAUUUAAACAGUGCCUUAUCUUUACGUCAGACUUUACCCAAUCCAAUGGAGGGGACUAGUUUUAUACUAGCCUGAAGCAUUUGUGUGUAGCUUUUCAGUAAUUUAAAAUGAUAGUUUAAAGUAAAUGUGUAGGUGAUUCACACUAUAGGAUUCAAACGGCUUGAUCAGCUGUGAUUACAAACAACAAGUGUCUUGCUCCAUUCUGUUUUUUCCUUAUUCAUCUUUUUGUUCUCUAAACUUCCGCUCCUACUACAUGCAUUUGGUUCUGCUGUCCACCUUGCUCAGACCCACACACCCCACCAAAGAAAACCUCAGAUAUCAUUAAUGACUGACUAAAUACAAGCUGAUUGGAGCCAGUGACACAUAUACAACUUCCUUCUGUGCUUUGGGGUGACUUUGACGCUAGCAGCUACCCACUCCUAAUUUCUCACUUGUAGAGUCACUGAGUCUGAUUCUAGCAGCUGCUACCUGUUCAGACCACAAAAUCAUUGAGAGGUUCUGAUUUGAGUCUGGUGCUGGAUCAUCCAACACUCCAUGCCAGUUGGGUCUCUGACAUCACAGCCAUGCACCAACUUCCACUGGUGCAUAGCUGAGACCUCCUCUCUAAGGCCAUGUCUAUACUAGGAACACUUUGCCUGAAUAAGUAUACUGGUCUGCUGUCUUGGCAAAGUGCUCCUAGCGUGGACAAAGCUUAUACCGGCAAAACUACACGUCUGCUCUCCCUGAGCAGAACAAGCUAUACUAGCAUGAGCACAGAAUUGGCAGUGUAACUGCAUUUAUACUAAGGGCUUUUGCCCCCACAGCUAUGUUGAUCGAGGGUCAACAUAACUAGACUUCUGCUAUUGUAGCCGUCACCUAAGAGUACUCCCUGCACCCAUCAUGUUAAACAGAUGAAGAAAAUAUACUGGGGUAAACUGGAUCGCUGAGACAGGUAAGGGGGAGAGGGAGUUGAAGCACCUGUGGGAAGUGAAAAGAGAUUGGGAUGUUGGAGGAGGUGUGUUAAGUGUAAGGGUAUGUCUACUCUACCUGCCAGAUCGGCGGGCAGCGAUCGAUCCAGCGGGGGUUGAUUUAUCGCGUCUAGUCUAGACGCGGUAAAUCGACCCCCAAGCACUCUCCUAUUGACUCCUGUACUCCACCACCGCGAGUGGUGCAGGCAGAGUCGACGGGGGAGUGGCAGCAGUCAACUCACCAAGGUGAAAACACCACGGUGAGUAGAUCUAAGUACGUCGACUUCAGCUACAUUAUUCGCUUAACUUAGAUCUAUUCUUUCUCUCGCCUCCCCUCCCCCAGUGUAGACUAAGCCUAAGCCACUCACUUCCUUGCCUCCUUCCCCCACAAGUGCCAAGCUGCUCUUUCAGCCUCUAGGCCUUGUGACUAAAGUUGCUGUCAACUCCCAUCCUAUUCUGGCUUAAGACUCCAUUAGUACCUGUUUAAAUAUUCCAAAUCUAGCUCUUAUAAUGAAGUGGAUGAAAGUGGCUGUUGGGCCACAAACUGCUGAAAGGGCAGGGAUGGAGAGGGCUCCCCAUGACUAGGGGAAACCUGGAAAAAAUACUAUAAAUAUCCAAAUAGUAGGGAAAGUUCAUUUUACAGCCACUUCCCCACUAUUUUCUCUCAUCCUUUGAUUGGUGGCAUUUUUUUUUCCUUAAUAGAAUACAUUGUAUGACACCCCUUCCCACUGCUGACUUUUAAGGAGUUAACACAUGCAUCUUACUCUCAGCAAUAACGGUUAGGUUAUGAAUUAGUUGGCUACUGCUACACUUCAAGGGUGGCUGACGACCUUCUGCCUUCAGUAGGGUUUCAGUCCUGUCCUUCCAACACACUCAAGGCAUGUGCCAGUAGCUGACUAAUGUAAACCAUGGUGUGGCUUGUUACAGUCAAAGUACCUUUUGCUUUAUCAUCAACACUAACCUUUGAAAUGUCUUGGGAGAGCCUUUUGAAAUUUGUCUUUGUUGAUUUUUGUAAAUGCAGUGUGUCUGUAUAUAAAGAGUGGCUAUUUAGACUGUGGAUUAAGUGUUGAUCGAUAUACUUUAAAUGAGCUGAAAUCCAAAGAUACUUUGUAAUGAACUGUAAAGUUUUUAAUUGUGUUGUAUAAUACUAAAUGACUGUAAUGUUGUAUCACACAUGCAAUGCGACCUGCAGUAUCUAAAUAAACACCUCUAGAGC